AUGUCUUUCCCCAACGACGGAGUGUAUACCAUCAGAAACGCUGGCAGAAACCUCAUGCUCGACCUGACGGGCGACAGCACCAAUGAAGGCAACCAGAUUCAAGGCUACGCCAAAAAUGGCACUGUAGCUCAACAGUGGGUGAUCAAGAGGCAAAAUGAGCCAGGGACCCCCAACAAAACUAUCAGCAUCCAGUCCAACAACAGCGGCAACAAUGGAAAUGGAUGCUUUGCUACCGCGAAGGAGAACGCGGGAGAACCAGUCGUUUAUACUAGGCAGGCGUUUGUCGUCGAUCUUUCUGGACAGGCGGACAAUACUUUUAACAUUUGCUUCACUCGCGGGAACAGAAACUUGGUGUUAUCCAUUCCAAACCCAAAGAACAGUGCAGUGAGACUUGAAAAUCACGCACAAGGAAAUACUUGCCAGCAGUGGGAAUUUAACCGGGUUUCUGAUCUCCAACCAAUCGCCUAGUUGUCGCCACUAGGUACCACCUUGCAAAGGUGUUCAAGGUUGAGCUAUUGAAAUUGUGCCCGCGUAUGUAUAAUACGUAUUGUCAUGUCUGCUUCCGCUUUGUAUGAGUAGUUGAUGAAUAGCAUCGCUUUAGUCUGGCUCUGACU